CGUGAGUUUUUCAUUUGAAGUAAGCCUCCUACAAUUUUGCGAAGAUCUUAUAGAUUUCUACACUGCAGCGAACGAGAACCCUAGCCACUGCUGACUGAGAGUGAUCCCCCUUUGAGUGAUCACGCAAGAAAAGAGCAAUUAAAUGCUGACGCUCUGAAUCGUUUCUGCUCAAAUGAUCGUGUUUCAAACAAACCGUUUACUUACAGUCGUAUGUACAACAGAAUAUCACUAAACGCGAGAAGAAGUGCUUUCACUGGAAGCCAUUCAUGGCAAUACAGAAAGUGAGGACUUGUUUGAAACGCUUCUUUUAUCAACGAAAAAGCCUUCUGCGACGUUUGUUUAUGGUGGGAAAUGUUGCGAAGCUAAUUUGGCUUUUGCCAAAAGGUUCAAGGACCUGAGAAGUACGCAAAUGGAAUUGAAACAACUUCGCUACGUUUUUCAAUGUGGAACCAGUUGAUGUGCCUGAUAAUUUGCAACAUGAAAUUAUUUAACUGCUAAGAUGAUGAGCUAAAAGUCGCUGAAAGCUGGUAGACACGGACAUCCUGACCGAUGUAACGGGAACAUCUGUCAUGAUGUAUAUGCGCGCAGUGCAUGACGGGCCAGAGUAGCAACGGGACGUCGGUCGAGUGGGAAGAGGGGGUGGGGCGGAUGGAGGGAAGAUGGAGUGGGGAAGACAAGGUGCGACCCAUAAAUCUGUCAGACUACUCGCCUGCUUGAGUUGGAUCGUGCUGUCGCGUACACGUCCACGUCGCUAGCCCAGACUAAUCCUGUGGCGGGUAAAGGAAGAAGCCUAUGGUACCUCGGGUAGACAGCCUGCUAGAGAAGGCAAAGGAAGAAGCCUGUGUUACCUCGGGUAGACAACCUGUUGGAGAAGGCAAAAGAAGAAGCCUGUGGUACCUCGGGUAGACAGCCUGCUAGAGAAGGCAAAGGAAGAAGCCUGUGGUACCUCGGGUAGACAACCUGUUGGAGAAGGCAAAAGAAGAAGCCUGUGGUACCUAGGGUAGACAGCCUGUUGGAGAAAGCAAAGGAAGAAGCCUGUGGUACCUCGGGUAGACAGCCUGUUGGAGAAGGCAAAAGAAGAAGUCUGUUCUACCAGGGGAAGAAAGUAGCAGGUAGAGGAAGGGCAGGAGGCAGUGCGGACUGAAAGAGAGGCAAAUCAUGUCGAGUGUCUGGCAGCACGUCAAGGCAUCGCGCACGGUGCUGCUCAUCCUGAUCGUCCCGCUCGCGCUUCUGCCCCUGCCGCUGGUGGUGAACGAGUCCGAAGCAAAAUGCGCGUACGUGGUGAUAGUGAUGGCGGUUUACUGGAUUUCGGAGUGCGUCCCAAUGUCAGCCACAGCACUGCUUCCCCUCGUCUUGUUUCCAUUGCUGGGAGUGCUUCCUGGCAGUAUUACUGCUAAAGAAUAUAUGAGUGACACGCUAAUGAUGAGCCUGGGGGGUCUGAUUGUGGCCACGGCCAUCGAGACGUGGAAUCUGCACAAGCGCAUCGCACUCAGGAUCAUGAUGUUCGUUGGCCCCGAGCCCCGCUGGCUGAUGCUGGGGAUGAUGCUGGCCACCUGGUUCCUGUCCAUGUGGAUCUCCAACACUGCCACCACCGCCAUGAUGAUCCCCAUCACGGAGGCCAUCUUGCAGCAGCUAAAGACUACCACCAAGAAAAGUGAAGAAGCUAUGAAGGGAACUAACGAAAUCGGAAUGAAUGAGGUGGCUGCACCUGAUCAAGAAUAUAGCCAGAUUGUUGAGCCAGAUCAACAGGUGCAGAUCGUCGGGCCUGAACUAAAUUCUCACGAGGCAGCACCUGAUCUAAGAAAUGAAAUAGUUGUACCUGGUGUAAACCCUGAUGAAAAAAUCAAGAGUGAAACAGACAGCAGUCCUCCGAUACAGGAAGUCGGUGCCCAGGGUGAUAAUCGAGACAUCACCGAGCAACAGGAAGACGCCACCUUUCGGCGCCUGUGCAAAGGGAUGUCGCUCAGCGUUUGCUACGCCGCAAACACGGGAGGUAUCGCCACCCUCACAGGCACUGGACCUAACUUGGUGUGUAAAGGGUUCUCUGACCAAUUGUUUGCGGAGUACGGUAUCAAGUCCCCUAUCAACUUUGCCACGUGGAUGGGCUUUGGCCUUCCUCUUUCAGCCUGCAUGCUGGUCGUCUGCUGGCUUUGGCUACAGUUAGCAUUUCUCGGCUACAGGAAAUUCGCACGCUGCAGCAGACAGCAGGCAGGCACCCAUGAUGAAGACCAAAGCAAACGGGUGAAAGCCAUCGUCAGGAGUGAAUAUGAAAAUCUCGGGCCAAUUAGCUUUGCCGAGGGUUCUUUGAUGUUCUGGUUCGUCACUCUCGUCUUACUGUGGCUGACUCGUGACGUGGGCGGAGUCGGAGGCUGGGGAGAUGCCUUUCCUUCUGGUAUGGCCAGCGACUCAACUGCCUCCAUCUCCAUCGCCUUCAUCUUAUUUUUCUACCCGUCCACCCCUCCCGCCAUUUUGGUCAGACGCCACAGGUCCGAGAAGCACCAGUCCGCUUCUGACAUCAACAAAGGUCCCGAAAAGCUCGUCCCACUUCUCAACUGGGAGGUGAUCCAUAAAAAGAUUCCUUGGGGUCUCCUGCUGCUCCUGGGAGGAGGCUACGCCAUGGCAAGGGGUUGUCAGGAAUCCGGACUGUCUCAGUGGAUAGGUGAGAAGCUGGAGGUAUUUAAGGAGGUCAACCACUGGGGCAUGCUCUUCAUCAUCUGCUACAUCGCCGCCGCCACCACCGAGGUGACGAGCAACAGCGCCAUCUCCACGCUGCUCAUGCCCAUCCUGUCACGUCUGGCACUUAACACGGGCGUCAAUCCCCUGGCUUACCUCAUCUCGGGAACCAUAUCCUGCUCUCUGGCAUUUAUGUUGCCAGUGGCAACGCCGCCUAACGCGAUCGUCUUUUCCUAUGGGCGUGUGCGCAUCAUCGAUAUGAUACUCGCAGGACUGGGCAUGAACCUGCUGGCUGUUCCACUUGUUGUCCUUGCCGCCGGGACGCUGGGAGAUGCCAUAUUCGAGUUCAAGACUUUCCAUGAAGCUUUCAGGAAUCGUUCAAUGUCAACUAUUUAAAACAUGGGUGUAUAUAUAUAUACCCUUAAUGCUGAGAUUGAAAGCGCCUUGGUAUCCUGAUGCUUCUGCCUGCCUUUACAAUGCCACUGGAAGUGUUUGAACGACAACUCUACUGAAACAUUAGACACAUUGGUUCUUUCACAUUGACAUGCGGGAAGAGUCUGUAGGCCCUAUAGUCUGCUUAUUUAUGUACAGACCUUGGUCUGCUCAAUAAUUGCCAGUUCAAGGCUGGAUCAGGAUGGAAAUGACUGAAAUCAUUUACUUGGAAAAAGAACACCCUCUACCCAAUGUACCAAAUUUAAUAACAAAAGUUACACCGGUGAAGAGGAUGAAUGGGGAGGACAGGGCUCUGUAUUCCACAUGCAAUACCCUAGACAUGGUGAACCAUUUUUUUUUUUUGCCCACACAGGCACUAAGCUAGUGGGCAAUCUAUGACACCUAACAUGGGCUUUCAAUAUGGAUAAUUGUUGUUAAUUUAUAAUUAUUAUUCUCAACAUGUGAGACACUGUAUUAUCAAAAUCUUUGCCAUAGUUUUCUUUUUGUUUAAUAAGUUUACAUUUUGCUUACUAUUCAGAGAUAAUUAAUCUGAUUCAAAUUAAGUUACUGUAUGUUUUUCUAUUUGAUUUUUUGAUACAUAUUUUGUUUACAUUUUAUAUUCUGAGUGUAUUAUGAAAUCAUGUAAGAAUAAAAACAUAUUUUCAGAAGAAAAAUACUAUGCCUUUCAUCUCAACUGCUGCCUUUGACAAUUUCUUUUUGUACAAAUCACUCUGAACACAUGAACUGAUAUUAACACCCAAUAACUACACUUUCAUUCAGUUUCCAGCAAUAUGAAGUGUGUGCUUGAAACAAACAGAUUUAGAGUAAUUUGUAUUAUUUCAAUUACAAAGCAUGCAUUUUCAUUAUUGUAACACAUUUUUUAUAAAAGAGAUGUACUGUAUAAAAGGAACAAAUAUGACCUACUAAUCUGACUAGGCCUACUAGCCUGAUUUAUAAGAAAAAAAAAGAAAAACAACAAACACAUUAAUUUUAUUUUUACUGUUUAUCAUUUAACCAACUCUUGGCAUGCAUUUUUCAUGUUUACAGAAAAUUUAAAAACACCCCUUUUUAUCUCAACAUGUAUCACAGGCAAUUUUUCUUGCAAAACACUUGUGCAAAUAAUUCUUUAUCAGAGACAGAGAAAUAUGAACUGGGACUCUACACAGAUUAAUACAGACAUAAAAUAAGGAAUGUUUACAAUUUUGUUAUCAGUACUUAAUGACCUUUCUCUCACAAUCACAAAACAUGCUGUUCAAUAUUGCACAGAAAGUGACAUGCUUCAGCACCUUUUAAGAAAUCCAUUGCCAUUCAAUUCUUGCAACAUGUAACUAUAUUUGCUAACUGGUCAUGUCUCAUCCAUACUAGUUACUUCAUGUGCUUCCAUUAGCUAAUGCAUCAAUCACAUUUUUUUUUGACAUCUCUUGCUCAACUGUACCAGGUCACAUCUUCACAAACUUCAUGUGAUGAUGAUGUGGUGGCAUCAAGAUGAUACACACAUUAUGAACAAAUAGAAUGAGUUACAAUGAAGGCUGCAAGCUGUUCAUAUUUCAUCCUAAAACAUUCAACAGUACAGGGGCUAGUUGCACAACAUUUCUAAAAUUGUCAUAAAGAAGAAAACUUUGAAAUGCUUUUCAAAAAUUGCUCUUACGCCAUUUAGAUGCAUUGAACAAGCACAUGCAAAAAAAAGCAGCUAACACCCUGCUGGUCUUCUUAAUAGCCCAUCUGACAUUCACUCGAUCAUGUUCACCAUAUCUUUAAGUUUCAAAUGGAUUCAGGCUGACACUUUCCACAGUCUGAGUGAGGCCAUCAAUCAAACGAUCUCCAGUAAUGAUAGAUGUACUGGCAAUCACAUAGUCUGUUCCUCCUGCAAUAGUGUUAUUAAAUUUAUUACAUAAAAGUUCAUGCAUACACCUGUACAUCAGGAUUGAAAUAAAAAAAUGUGCCCGUUACAGAACAAAAGAAAGCAGUUGUUUAAGUUUUGACAAGUUAUACCUCUUAGUGCAAUUAAAACCAAAACCAAACCAUAAAACCCAAUCCACGAAACUGAAUUUGGACCCAAAAGCUGGCAUGGAUGGUUUUAAUAACAGUCUUUCUUAACAAUACAGGAAAGUUUUAUUUUCAUUAAAGUUACUGAAUAAUGUAGUUCAUCCUCAGUCUUAUAUUGUGAUAAUGAUCAUGACAGAUACAUUUAAUGCAAAGUUUAUUUACGAGUUUUCAUCAGGACUGAUGGUUACUGGAAAACUAAUUUACUGGAAAACCUGGUAAUAAGCAGUCUAGGCUCACUUAUGAGAAAAAAUAAAUUCAUUAAUUAUAUGCAGACCUAAAAAUAUACACAUAAUGUUAUUACUAUGUAUGCACAUAAUGGGUUUUACAAAAGUAAGCACCUACCACUUUCAGAGCUGGCCAUUACUAUUAAAACCAGGUAUGUUUAUAUUAGAGCAAUAUGAGUACUGCCAAAACUAAUUAUGUUGGUAUUCACAAUGUCCACAACUUAUUGCCUUGGAAAUAUCAUCUUCCUGUCCCAUCCCAGUGGAAACAAGGCUGAUUCAGAGGGCAGGCAAUAAUAUG